CCGCGCUCCCGCCGCACGCCCGCACCGGCGGCUGCGCGCCUCGCCCUAAACGCCCUUCCGUUUUGCGUUUUCUCCGGAUUUUUGCGUGCUUUCCCCCGCCGUGCCGGGCAGCAUGGGGCUGCCUGCGCUGGAGUUCAGCGAGUGCUGCCUGGACAGCCCGCAGUUCCGGGAGCGGCUGCGCUCCCACGAGGCCGAGCUGGACAAGACCAACAAGUUCAUCAAGGAGCUCAUCAAGGACGGGAAGUCGCUCGUCGCCGCCCUUAAGAACCUGUCGGCCGCCAAGCGCAAGUUCGCGGAUUCCCUCAACGAGUUUAAAUUCCGCUGCAUCGGCGACGCUGAGACGGAUGAUGAGAUCUGCAUCGCCAAGUCUCUGCAGGAGUUUGCCACGGUGCUGCGGAACCUGGAGGACGAGCGGAUGCGCAUGAUCGAGAACGCCAGCGAGGUGCUGAUCACGCCGCUGGAGAAGUUCCGCAAGGAGCAGAUUGGGGCUGCCAAGGAUGCCAAAAAGAAAUAUGACAAGGAGACUGAGAAAUACUGUGGUGUCCUGGAAAAGCACUUGAAUUUGUCUUCCAAGAAGAAAGAGUCCCAGCUUCAGGAGGCAGACAGCCAGGUGGACCUGGUCCGGCAGCACUUCUACGAGGUGUCCCUGGAAUACGUCUUCAAGGUGCAGGAGGUGCAGGAGAGGAAGAUGUUUGAGUUUGUGGAACCUCUCCUGGCCUUUCUGCAGGGGCUCUUCACGUUCUACCACCACGGCUACGAGCUCGCAAAGGACUUCAGUGACUUCAAGACAGAGCUGACAAUCAGCAUCCAGAAUACAAGAAACCGCUUUGAAGGAACGAGGUCAGAGGUUGAAGCUUUGAUGAAGAAGAUGAAGGAGAAUCCCCACGAACACAAAAACAUCAGCCCUUACACGAUGGAGGGGUAUCUCUACGUGCAGGAGAAGCGUCACUUUGGCACUUCCUGGGUGAAGCAUUACUGCACCUACCAGAGGGAAUCCAAGCGCAUCACCAUGGUGCCCUUCGACCAGAAAUCAGGAGGAAAAGGGGGGGAGGAUGAGGCUGUCACCCUGAAAUCCUGCACACGGCGGAAAACAGACUCCAUCGAGAAGAGGUUCUGCUUUGAUGUGGAGGCUGUGGAUCGGCCCGGCGUCAUCACCAUGCAGGCGCUGUCGGAGGAGGAGCGGAGGCUGUGGAUGGAGGCGAUGGACGGCCGGGAACCGGUGUACAACUCGAACAAGGACAGCCAGAGCGAAGGCACAGCACAGCUGGACACCAUCGGCUUCAGCAUCAUCAAGAAGUGCAUCCACGCUGUGGAAACAAGAGGGAUCAAUGAGCAGGGGCUCUACCGGAUCGUGGGGGUCAACUCCAGGGUUCAAAAGCUGCUGAGUAUAUUAAUGGGACCACGUGCUGGUCGAGGCCGGGAGGUCCUGGGCACCGUGGGCAGGACUGAAGACCCCAAGACAGCCACAGAGACAGACACAGAGAUCUGUGCAGAGUGGGAGAUCAAGACCAUUACUAGUGCACUGAAAACCUACCUGAGAAUGCUCCCAGGGCCCCUCAUGAUGUACCAGUUUCAAAGGAGCUUCAUCAAAGCAGCCAAACUGGAGAAUCAGGAGUCCAGGGUGUCAGAGAUUCACAGCCUCGUUCAUCGGCUCCCAGAGAAAAACAGGCAGAUGCUGCACUUGCUCAUGAACCAUUUGGCAAAAGUUGCAGAUAAUCACAAGCAGAACCUGAUGACUGUUGCUAACUUGGGUGUGGUGUUUGGGCCGACGCUGCUUCGACCUCAGGAGGAAACAGUCGCUGCCAUUAUGGACAUCAAAUUCCAGAACAUUGUGAUUGAAAUUUUAAUAGAAAACCAUGAGAAGAUAUUUAACACGGUGCCAGAGGCUCCGGCGUCGAACUCGCAGCUGCUGUUAUCCCGCAAGAAGAGCACGGAGUCGAAGCCUCCCUCGUGCAGCGAGCGGCCGCUGACGCUGUUCCACACGCCCCAGCCCAACGAGAAGCAGGAGAACAGGAACAGCAUCAUCAACUCCAGCCUGGAAUCCGUCAUCUCUUCAAACACAAACAGCUUCCUCAACUCCAACAGCGCUCCCCAGCCCAGCCUGAACUCCAGUGAUCUUGAACUAGAAGUAAUUAAGCCCAACAGGCCGAAUUCCCUCCCUCAGAAUCCAAGCCCAACGUCACCCCUCUCACCGUCCUGGCCCAUGUUCUCUGCGCCAUCAAGUCCUAUGCCCACCUCCUCUACGUCCAGCGACUCAUCCCCCAUCAGCUCCCCUCUGCGCAGGGCCCGUGCGCUCUAUGCCUGCAAGGCCGAGCACGACUCCGAGCUCUCCUUCACGGCCGGCACCGUCUUCGACAACGUUCACCCAUCCCAGGAGCCCGGCUGGCUGGAAGGGACCCUCAACGGCAAGACAGGACUGAUCCCCGAGAACUACGUGGAGUUCCUAUAACUGUGGGGUGCACAGUGCCACUGCUGAGCGUUCCAUGGUAUCCAUGGGGAGUCCUGCAGGCCCCUGUGCCCUCUGCCACUGUGUGACCGGGGUGAGGACACCCCUGUGCCCGCUGCUGGAUGUUUGUGUGGCUCAGACAUCGCCUCUCCUCCCUGCUGCCGGCGGGGGAGUGGUGCUGGGGACGUGGAGAGACUCCCCCAGCCCCAGGGGGGGUGCUGAAGCCCCCAUCCCAGCGAUGGAGAACCAGCCAAGGGACGGCCGAGUGCUCCGAGGGGCCGAGCUGAGGACUGGGAAUGGCCCGAGGCGAGGGCUCCCUGCAGGGGGACAGUCCCUGGGAGCCCAGGGUCCCAGCCAGCAGAGCCCUGUGCUCCCAGAGCCUUCCCUGGCUGUCCCAAGGCCAGCUCAGUGGUGCCAGGGCACUCCCUGGGCUCUGGGGCAGGGGAAGGGGCUGAGCUCCAGGACUGGAGGUGCCCCUGGGCAGCGCUGGCUCUUGCAGGCGAGAGCGAGCCCGGGGGGCUCGGGGCUGGCUGGGCUCUCCAGGCUCGCUGCACUGAGGAGGGUUUGGACCAGACCCCUCACGCUCUUUUGUUUUCAAGGUUUUGAUUUUGUGGGGCAGCCCUCAGUGUGUGUGUGAGGUGAGCAGCCCGUGCUGCCGUCCCCUGCAGCCCCAGGCACACCUCAGGGCUGCUGUUGGGCUGUUUGGUACCUGCCUGCCCCAGUCCCUCUGUACAGACACAUCUGUGCUCACACACACACACACGGUGUGCCCUGCUGCAGCUGCCUCUGCCUCUCUCCAGCCUCGUCCUUCAGGCCUCCCCUUGCUUGCAGCCUCGUCUGUGCCAAGUCUGUGCAGUGCUGGUUGUGCCAGGUGAAUUAUUUCCAUCCUUGGGGGCAUUUGCUGCUGCCGUGGCCGGGAUGGGGCUGGGGAGAGCCGGGAGGAGCCCUUGGACUGCGCCAGCCCGGCUCCUGCCUCCCUGGACACAGCAGGCCAGUGUGCAAACCCCUCAUGGCUCCAGGGCGUUUGGAAGGGGACAGCUGGGAGAAGGAGCCCUGUUUGACUGCAGAGCCGGGAUUCUGAGAGCUGGAAUCAUAUUUUAUAAAAAAAACAACAUCUCAAGAGAAGCCCCGGCCCGUGGCGCUGGGGAUGGAUGUCAUGGCUUUUUGUAACAGUUUUAAAGACUCUGAGUGACUGAAUUGCUCUAUGUGUCGCUUUUUAUUUUUGAAAGGAUUAAUGUAUAAAUAGAGUAUCUUAAAAUAUUAUGAGGAAAAGAUCUAUAUUUGAUAUUUUUAGAAGAGCUUUGAAGCUGGUGACCAAGAAGCUCCAAACCCCCUGGCCCCUGGCCUGGAGCUGCUGCUUCCUUCAGUCCCUGGUGUCACUUAGAGAGGAGGGAGCUGAAAUUUCGACCCUCUUCAUCUUUUUGUCCACAGUAAUUAAACUUCCUGGGCUUUUGUCUUGGGGAAAAAAAAACAAAAGAGGAAAAAGGCGAUCCUUUUUUUCCUGUUUCCAAGGUGGGUGGCACAGCUCAUUCCCAUGGGAUCACACCCUCUCCAUAACCCCUGGGGAACACUCUGGGCCCUCACUCAUGGCUGGUAUGGUUUGGGCAGGGGGGAUGUCCCCAAACUGCCUCGUGGUCUCUGCUCUGAGGAGUUGGAUGAAGAGGGAGAGAGGUUUGUAGGGAUAAAAUCCAGUGUUUCCCUCGCUUGUUCAUCUCCAUCCUUGGAUUUUAUAGCCAGCUUUUGUGCUAUUUCUUGGCUUUCCUGAAGCCAAGGAUGAGGCUUUAUCCAGCCCUGGCAUCAGAUGGGGUUGGGCUGUAUCCAGCCUUGGCUCUCUCCAGCCCCGGCUGCGCUCGGUGCCCUGGGGCUGGGGGUGUGUGAGAGCCCCUCCCUGGGCUGGCAGAGAGGUGGGGAGGGCUGAUGGAAAGGGGUUUAAAAUCCCUCACUGUGUCACCUGUCAGUGCUGUUUGUGUUUGUCCUGACCCGAGCCUCGCCGGGUGCUGCUGGGGAUGAAUGGGAAUUGCAGAGGGCCAAGAGGCUCCAAAAGGCUUUGUCUGGGGCAGGCUGUUCAGGAUCCUGCUUAGUGAUGCUGUGUGAGCACCAGCAGCGCUGCUCCCACCGUGUCCCCACAGAACCUCCCCCUGCAGGGUCCCCCCCGGCUCCUCCAGUCACUCAGACUGGAGUAAAUUCCUUUUCAGAGGCCCUUGGGAGCUCUUGGAUGUGCUACCUAGAGAGUUUCUGGGAGGAGAAGUCCCACGCAGAUGUAUUUACAAGAUGUCUCCUGGAGGAAAGGAAAUCAAACCGAGGCAGAAGUUAUUGCUCUUCCAGGAGAGCCAGUGGAAUAUUUUUUUUUUUAAUUAAAAUUUUCCAAAAAGAAAAA